AUGUCCGACCGUGAGAGCGUCAAGGAGGCAACCGUGGUGUCGGAGGAGGAAGCCCUAUCUCUCGCCCGCAGCCGUCCAGGCGAAGCGCUCCCCUUGAGCAUCACCUUUGGAGCCAACGACCGCGACAACCCGCGGUGCUGGGGCUUCUGGCGCAAGUGGUACAUCACCUGCUUCGUGAGCAUGCUCAAUAUAGUCACGACCUGGUGCGCCGGCGCCUUCUCAUCCGGGGCGCCCGAGAUCGCCGAGCACUUCGGCGUCUCCAGCGAAGUCACCACGCUCUGCCUGUCCAUGUACGUGCUCGGAUACGCCGUCGGGCCCGUCCUCCUGGCGCCGCUGUCCGAGUACUACGGCCGCCAGCCCGUGUAUCUGGUCUCGUGGUUCCUGGUCUGCCUCUUCCAGCUCCCACUCGCACUGGCCCCCAACAUCGGGACCAUGAUCGUCUGCCGGCUCAUCGCGGGCUUAGCAGGAGGCGCACCGUUAACCAACACCGGCGGCACGGUGAGCGAUCUGUGGGAGCGCAACGACAGCGGCGGGCCGAUGGCCGUGUACGGGCUCAGCAGCACCUUCGGCCCGCCCAUGGCGCUGGUGAUGAGCGGGUAUAUCGGGCUGAACCUGGGCUUCCGCUGGAUCUUCUGGAUCCUGAUGAUCAUCACGGGGGCCUUCUGGAUCCUACUGGCCGUGACCGUCCCCGAAACCCGACACAGCAUUAUCCUGCAGCGCAAAGCCGCGCGGGCCCGCAAGACCAUGGAGAAAGAGGGCCUGCGCUCAUGCGACACAACCCACGACCUCCACGCAUCAGAGCGCAAGAACCUGCGCCAACUCUUCGCCCUCACCCUCUCCCGCCCCUUCGUCUUCCUCUUCACCGAGCCCAUCACCACCUUCUCCGCCGUGUACAACGGCUUCCUGUACGGGCUGGUCUACCUCUUCAACGAGGCCUUCCCGCUCGUCUUCGGGCCGACGGGGCACGGGUUCAACGUGGGCCAGCAGGGACUGUGUUUUCUGGGGAUGGCAAUCGGGCCGAUCCUGGCGUUCCUUCUCUCGCCGCUGCAGGAACGGUACUACCUGCGCCGGGUGUCUGAAAACAACGGGAAAUCCGUCCCCGAGGCGCGCAUGUGGAUGGCGCGCGGCGGGGCGGUGCUUAUACCGAUCAGCCUGUUCUGGUUCGGGUGGACGAGCUACAGCUCUGUACACUGGAUCGUGCCGAUUAUCGCGUCCUCGUUCUUCGGCGCGGGAUUGUACAUCGUCAUCCUGAGCAUCCUGAACUACGUGGUGGACGGGUACCAGACGUAUUCAGCGAGCGCAUUAGCAGGGGUGAUAUUGGUGCGGAACGUAGUCGGCGCUGGAUUCCCUUUAUUCGCGACGCAGAUGUACGAGCGGUUAGGGUACGAGUGGGCGAGCAGUCUGCUGGGCUUCAUAGCGAUCCUGCUGGUCCCGAUCCCGUUCGUGUUCUUCUACAAGGGCGAGGCGAUUCGGUACAAGAGCCCCUGGGCGCGCGAGCACUUUGAUUCGAGCGAGGACCAUCCGCAUUGA